UUCAACAAUCAAAAUAAACCACCAUCAAAAACGUCACAUCCGGUUUCACUCAAUGACAGCACAUUUACUCCAUUCGCGUUGCUUGCACUUUUUGCACUCAGCAUCUUCGCUUUCUCUCUCUCCAACGGCCGAAUCAGAGCUGGCCGAAUAUAUAUAUUUAUCUCAUUUCAAGUGCAAAAAUGCUUGGGGAUUUAAGCAACGCGAACAAACCUAUUUGUCCGACCCUUUGGUUUUUUAGGAUCUCUAGUAACGUACGGGCACCGCUCUGACAAGGGACCAAUCAGAGCACCGAUUGAUACAUGGCUGUAUCAAACGAGCACUGUUAAUCAUCACACACACCCAAUUGCUCCAAUUGUAAACAAAGAUAUUGGAUAUUGUAUUAAACUUUUGUACCCUACAUAAUUUUCCAUUAUAUGUAGUCGCGGUCGAACGGAUACGGUGCGGCACCGCGACUUUUUUCGGAUUUGUAAUCCUUCGGGAGGGACGGAAGGACGGCUAGGAUCUUGCCAUAAAAAUUAUUUAACCUCACGAACAUGGAUGAUGACGAUCAUUAUCAAAGUGGUUAUGACGACCAUUAUCAAAGUGGUUCUUUCCCAAAGGAUUUUGGGUAUGCGCCGUUUGACGGUGAAACCGAUGGAUCUAUGGAUCCACUAGCCGGAGAACAGAAGCCUAGAAUACUUCUGAUGGGUCUGAGACGUAGCGGCAAAUCGUCGAUACAAAAGGUGGUAUUCCACAAGAUGUCACCGAACGAGACGCUAUUCUUGGAAAGUACAAAUAAAAUAAUUAAAGACGAUAUAAGCAACUCAAGCUUUGUACAAUUUCAAAUAUGGGAUUUCCCUGGGCAAAUCGACUUCUUUGAUCCUACCUUUGACAGUGAUAUGAUAUUUGGCGGUUGCGGAGCAUUAGUGUUUGUGAUAGAUGCCCAGGACGAUUACAUGGAAGCUCUUAAUAAACUCCAUGCAACAGUCACAAAAGCGAACAAGGUCAAUCAGGCCAUCAAGUUUGAAGUUUUUAUCCAUAAGGUGGACGGAUUGUCGGACGACUGUAAAAUGGAAACGCAAAGAGAUAUACACACGAGGGCCAACGAUGAUUUAGCAGACGCUGGAUGCGAUCAAAUACAUUUGAGUUUUCACUUGACCUCGAUAUAUGAUCAUAGUAUAUUUGAAGCAUUUAGCAAAGUUGUUCAAAAGUUAAUACCACAGCUGCCUACUUUAGAAAAUUUACUCAAUAUACUCAUAUCGAAUUCAGCAAUUGAGAAGGCAUUCCUGUUUGAUGUUGUCUCAAAAAUAUAUAUAGCAACGGAUAGCUCACCUGUUGAUAUGCAAAGUUAUGAACUAUGUUGUGAUAUGAUUGAUGUUGUUAUUGACGUAUCUUGCAUAUAUGGAUUGAGAGAGGAUUUAGAAGCUGCUGCAUUCGACAACCAAAGUUCCAGUUUAAUUAAAUUAAAUAAUGGUACAAUCCUGUACUUGCGCGAAGUGAAUAAAUUUUUAGCGUUAGUCUGCAUCUUACGAGAGGAUAAUUUCGAUAGACAAGGUGUGAUCGACUAUAACUUCCUUUGUUUCCGCAAGGCGAUACAGCAAGUAUUCGAAUUACGAAACAAAGCGUUAGCUGCAACAAAUGCGAACAAUCACUCAUCCUCCCCUGUUAGCACGAAUGAAACGUCAAAUGUUCCCACGGUGUCGCAAACUGGAGCCAUUGGACAAAACGGUACUGUUGUAAUUGCGCAGAGUUAA